CUAAUCUAUUCACUCUAUGUUAGCUAUGUGAUAGUAAAGUCAAUUCCAUUCUUUCUGUCUUUUUGUGUGAUCAGAAACUACGCUAUAAUUGGCGGAAAUUAUCCUGCAUGGCAGUUAACAGUCAGGAGUCGUUUGCCCUCUCCGUCGGUUUGAAUUGGCUGUUGGAUGCGUCAGGAGCAAAUCAUAACAACCCAGGCGACAGUGUACACAGGUGCGUCUUGUCAGGAAGGACUUCGUACCCGGAAGAAAACCAGAGCGACUCCAUUCGCAGAAGCAGACGAAAGGAUGAUUGAGGAUCAGGUCAACGAUGUUGUUUCAAGACUGCAGUCCAAGCAGUUCUUCCAGUCUGACUGGGACAUUGCCUCUUUUGCAGUCUUCUUCAUUUUCUCAGGUAUGGUACUGCUGCUGGUGAUUCUGGUCCUCAUUCGCUGUUGCUGCUGCUGCUGUUGCUGUGAUAAUGACAAGCCCAGAAGACAGAAGGUUGGCAUAGAGAAUUAUGGUCUAGAACCCUAACUGAUGAACAGCUCAGAUGAAAUAUCACAAUGGCUGAUGAGGCUAGAAGCGGAACCUUCUUGAUUGACUGCUGUGCCAUUAAAAAAUAAAUAUUGAUUUAAACUCACCAGUUUGUAACCAUGUUUAAUCAACCACAUGCAAUUGGUCAUGAGCCCGUUGCCAUUUAGCACUAAGCUACAAAGUAGUGGAAAUUCAACACCUGAAUGUUUUAUUGCAAUGAUACCAGAGAGGGGCAGGAACUGCCUGUGGUUUUAUAGCUCUGUAGAUUUUUAUAUUGCUUUUUCCUGUUUUGCUUGUUGAAAGGAUUUGUAUUUUUCAAUGUUUGACAUGUAAUAAACACAUCAUAAUUGUAAA